ACUGUCAAUUGAAUGUCUAUAUUGGACGCCAACUUGGAUUGACACAAGACACAUGAGUUUUUCCGACCUAAAUAAUGGUUUGCUGUUACUCUUGAACACGCUCUAACAAAAAUAGUUGCUAAAUUAGGAAUGCAAUGCUCCUUUUCAACAGCAGAAGCUAGUUGCUCACCCUAAAAAUAUAUUUUUUAGUUGGUUGAAUAUACUUUUUUUUCCGCUUGACACCCAAGCAACUUGUUGUUGGUGGCUAACUAGGUAGCGCGUGUUUUUUAUUUUUUAUAAAGCAGUUUUACAGCUUCUUAUGCUAACUAACUGACCUAGCCAUCUAGCUAACGUUAAAGACAUGGGAUUACACCCGUUGGAGUUUAGCGAAUGCUACCUGGAUAGUCCCGUUUUCAGGGAAAAAAUAAAGUCACACGAGGCAGAGUUGGACAAAACCAACAGAUUCAUCAAGGAACUCUACAAGGAUGGAAAGAAUCUCAUCAAUGCCACAAAACAGCUUGUGUUGGCCCAGCGCAAGUUUGCCCAGUCCCUGGGAGAAUUCCAGUUUGAGUACAUCGGCGAUGCGAAGACCGACGAUGAGAGGUGUAUUGAUGAAUCCUUGCAGGAGUUCUCCAACUUCCUUAAGAACCUGGAAGACCAAAGAGAGCUGAUGAUGAGGAAUAUUACAGAAACGCUAAUGAAACCGCUGGAGAAGUUCAGAAAAGAGCAACUGGGCUCAGCCAAGGCGGAAAGGAAGAAGUAUGAGAAGGAAACUGAGAAGUACUACAGCUCCUUGGAAAAGCUUUUGAACAUGUCAGCAAAGAAGAAGGAACCGCAGCUACAGGAGGCAGACAGCCAGGUGGAGACCAUAAGACAGCACUUCCAGGAGGAGUCUCUGGACUACGUGUGUAAACUGCAGGAGAUUCAGGAGAGGAAGAAGUUUGACUGUGUGGAGCCAAUGCUGGCGUUCUUUCAGACAGUGUUCACCUUCUACCACCAGGGAUUUGAGCUGGCCAAUGACUUUAACCACUACAAGAAAGCCUUACAGAUCAAUAUACAAAAUACACGGAGUCGGUUUGAGGGCACGCGGGUGGAGGUGUUUGAGCUGAUGAAGAGGAUAAGGGAGGUUCCCCAGGAGUACAGACAGACCAGCCCCAUCAGCAGCGAAGGAUACCUCUACGUCCAGGAGAAACGGCCCCCUCCUUUUGGUUCCAGUUGGGUGAAGCGUUAUUGCACGUUUGUGAAGGAACAGAAAAUCCUACACAUGGUCACCUUUGACCACAGGUCAGGAGGAAAGAUGGGCGAGACUGAGUCGGUCACCCUUAAGUCUUGUGUCCGCAAAACCACAGACAUGCUGGACAGGCGGUUCUGUCUCGAUAUAGAAAUCACAGACCGACCGGGAACGGUCCUCACGGUCCAGUCGCUGUCGGAAGAUGACCACAAGUUCUGGAUUCACGCCAUGGGUGGGAAAGAACCAGCUGGGCAGUACUUGGGUAAAACCUAUUCAAAAGAACGUGGAAUCGAUGCACAGCUAAAUGACGUAGGAUUGUCAUUUGUGAAGAAUGCCAUCAACGCCAUUGAGACGAGAGGUAUCAAUGACCAGGGCCUGUACAGAGUGGUAGGGGUCAGCUCCAAAGUCCAGAAGCUCCUUAGCCUAAUGAUCGAUGAAAAGAGUAACGAUGUGGAUCUGUCUACUUGUGAGGACUGGGAUGUGAAAACCAUCACCAGCACACUAAAGCUGUAUUUGAGGAGUCUUCCUGAGCCACUGAUGACCUAUGGACUCUACAAAGACUUUAUCGCCCCUGCAAAAGGCGGUAGUCCAGAGUCUCGUAGCCAAGCCAUCCACUGCCUGGUCCACAAGCUGCCUGAGAAGAACCGUCUGGUCCUGGGGCUACUGUUGAAACACCUGGCUACUGUGGCGGCCCACAGUAAGUUGAACCUGAUGACGGUGGCCAACCUGGGUGUGGUGUUUGGUCCCACCCUGAUGAGGCCCCAGGAGGAUACUGUGGCUGCCAUCAUGGACCUCAAGUUCCAGAACAUUGUGGUGGAGAUCCUCAUCGAGCAACACGAGAAGAUCUUUGGAGAUGUCCCAGGCCCGUCUUCCCCAGGGCUCUCUGGCCCCACCAGGCAGUCCAAGAAACUGUCUGUUCGACAGAACCGACCCCUUGCCGUCUAUAACCCAAAGAAAGUGGACCUGCAGACAGUGUCACCGACGUCACCUGAUGUCGGUUCCAACUCGGAUGAGGCGUCGCUAGGCAGCAACGAGUCUGUGUCGUCCCAGUCGACUGCCUCGGGGACGCCUCCGGAGAAGGCCAACCAUGGUCGCAUUCUCGCCAGCCUCAGCACAGGAGACAGCCCAGGGGCCUGCAUCGCUGUAGCAGCCUCGCGGCUCAACUCUGGAGCCCUGACCAAAGCCAGUUCUGAUGGGGACAAGACCGUGGACGGUGUCACCGGUGGCGGCGGCAAGAGAGCCAUGGCGGUGUACCCGUGCGAGGCCGAGCACGAAUCUGAGUUAUCCUUCCAGGUCGGAGCAAUAUUCAGCGCCGUGGCACCUUCCAGAGAACCUGGCUGGCUGGAAGGAGAGCUGGAGGGGAAGAAAGGCCUCAUCCCUGAAAACUAUGUGGAGAUGCUGUAGACUAGCCUUGUCCCAGAGCUGUUUGUGCUGUAUGCCUUUAUAUGGUCAUAGCCAUUACCAAACUGUGGAAGUUUGCUAUACAGCAAAACAUUGAAGUCCUGAUUAACAGAUCUUGGACCAGGCUAGUGGAAGAGGGGUCUCGUCAUCCCUGACAAUCUACGUCUAGAUGCUGUAUGCCAAACUCAAGGGUCGCCUGGCCUGCCACCAUCUAUGGCGGUAUCUCGCCCAACUGUCACCUUAUACAUGGUAUCCAUGAAGUCGAUGUUGAGACACUCCCAUUCUCAAAUUCAUACUUUUUCUUAUGCCUUCAACUCUCGCGUUCCCUGCCCGGUGACUACUAUGCGUUCAUCAACUUGAAUGCAGAAUAAUGAUAUACCCCCCAGCAAUGAUGUACAAUCUAUCUUGGAUAUAAGAAAGAAACAUUUUAAGGUGCCUUACAACACCAAGACAGAGUUGACAUGUAUUUACUGAACGGGUAUGUUUGGAAAAUGCUAAAGAGUUGUGUUCCGUGAAGAAUGUCUGGAAUACUUUUCAAGAGGUGCUUUGGUAUAAUAUUAUAUAUUUAAUUGGCACAUGGAUUGCAUUUUUAUUGUUUUACCACAAUUUUUUUUUUUUUAAGUAUCCACCGUUGUGACUGAUUGUACACUGACAUGCUGUAGAGGCAGUCAUAUUGGAAUGGUUCUCCUUCGAUCAAACCAUAGAAAUACAAAAACUGUUCUAGUAAUUAUAUUUCUAUGGUUGACACACUUCCUCUGCAUACUUGUUGACCUAGACAUUCAAUGAUGUCCGAACUUAGACUCGUUAUCGGGUCGUUUCCACUUCAAAAAGCACAAGGAGGAGUUCGUCACGCACCAUCUCAGAUUGUGCUGAAAUCGUUUCUGUAGUUACAAACAUAAGAUUAGCAUUCCUGAAAUAUUAUUUUGUUGAAAUAUAAUUUGAUCUAAGAAUUUAAGCUAAUUGAUUGCACCCAAAUUGGCCAUUUAAAAUAGGAUUUAAAUCCUCUUCAAUAAAUAUAGUAACAUCAUUUGACCAUAGUUCUUCCCACCAAUGAGUAAGAAAUGAGGAAUCCAAUAGCCACCCACAUACUCCUCCCCAAUUGCACCCCAACAAUCAGUAUCAGUUCUCUGUCUAGCAAGUAGUAUGGAGCUGCGGCCUUGGAGUAUUGCAACUUCAUCCUAUGUAAAGUAUUUCCUGUGAAUCUGGUGCGUGCCCCCCCCCGUUCAGAGAAAUUAAAUAUUUCAAGUCGGCGGCAUUACCAUAAAUUAGUGUGAGUACCAGGUUUUGCCUACUAAUUGCCGCUGUUCCUGCUACUGCCACACCCUUUUAUACAUGUUGCUGGUCUCUUGUGUGUGUUAAUUAACAUGGGUCACAAAAUUGGCAUGCAACUUUGGAUAGAAAAACCAAUAGCUUUUGCUCAUGAUGAAACUAAAUUGUGGCCAUCCUCAUAAUUCAAGCCAGUCCUCCAUGAUAGCAAUUCCGGUUGUCCUUCUCUUAUGCUUAAUCUGUGUCCAGGAAACAGCCCCUCUGUGGUUUAUUCCCUUUAAGAAAGGUCUGGAUUAGUUUCGCCAUUCCUGGUGAAUAAACAAACCAUUAGGCUACAGCAGUUCUAAUGGGUUCAAUCUUAUGCUCUUCAAUGGGAAAAGUCUCAAACACACACUAGUAUUUUUUGGGGUUUAAUGGUACAAGUUGCUAAUCACACAACAUAUAUAUAUUUUCAAAUAAUUAAGCAACACCACUGCCAUGCAAUAGUUUAAUUGUUUUGUUAGGGUUUGUCACAUUUUAGUCACUAGCCCAUUCCUACAAGUUUUGUGCUUGUAGGAAAAGUUUUCAUGACAAUUGCACCAUAGGUGUUGCCCACUCAGAGCUGCCAUUUGUUGGGUUGAAUCAUUAGGCUGCUAAGACAAAGACUAACUGAAUUGCUUUCAUGGAGGACUGUCUUGACUUGUGAGGAUGACUACUAUUUGUUUUCAUCGUGAGCAGUAGCUUUUGGUUUUCUACCCAAAGUUGCAAAGAAAAUGUUGUGAUUAGUUUAAUAAACACGAGACAAGCAAUAUUUACAAAGGGGUGUGGCAGUAGGAACAUCAAGUUGACAAAACCUAGUACUUUCAGACUAAUAUUUGGUAAAUAAUACAAGUGAUUUCAAAUGGCAAAUUUCUCUGAACGGGAAAAAAAAACCUGAUUCAGAGGGAAUAGAUUACAUAGAAUGAAGAAGCAAUACUCCAAGCUGCAGCUCCAUACUAGUUUGACAGAACUGAUACUGUAUAAUGACCAUUGGUUUGGGGGGUCCUUGGGUGACUUUGGAUCAUUUUAUUGGAUUCCCCAUGUCUUGCUCAAUGAUAGGAAAACCUUUGGUCCAAAUUGGCUGUUCGGUACUAUAUUGAUUGCAUAUGUGAGUCUUGUAAAUUAGAAGGGACAAUUUGGGUGCGAUCAAUUAGCUUAAUUUCUCAGAUCAAAUAAAAUGUAAACAAAAUAUUGCAGGAAUGCUAAUUUUGUUUCAAAAUACAGAAAUGGCUUGCCUAAAGGACAUAAAGAAUAUCUAACGUUCUAAUCAAUUAUUUAGGUGUGACUGAAUGUUCAACUCAAUGCAGCAAUGAUGUAUGGGAAUGUGCUAAACAAAGUGGGGUUUUAUUGAAAACCGGGUUUAUAGAUCCAUAUUCGACGAUGUUCAAAAUCUUUCUGAACAGAGUUUACAAAUUAGAUGCCGUUCACAUCUUAAUUUGUAUUAUUCUGUACCAAAUUGACUGACGAGACAAUAUAAUAUUAUUAUUAUUACCACAACCACAAAUGCAGUAUUUUCCAAAUAUUGUCUAUGGCUGUGUAUAGAGUUAUUUUAAAAGGCCACACAAAAUGCCAAGUAUAUUCUAUUCUGAAGCCCUUUUUUUUUAGUGGUCAACGGAAUUAAAGUUUUUAGUGGUUUCAUUUUGAGUGGUUUUUACAAUUUGUAAGUGUACUAAACACAUCACAAUACUUUUAUUCUAUUGCCGUUCAAAAAAGCCGGUUUCAUUUUUCUAAGAGCUUUUGUUCUCUCAUUUUGCAUUGCUAUUGAAGUCAUUUAAGACAGUGAUUCAUGACAUUUCUAAAGGUCUUGGCAUCCAUUUCAAUUUUGUAACAUUGGAUGUCCUCUUGAUCAAUGUUAAAUAAAUAAAGACAUUUUUAUUCUUUA